UUUUGGGACUCAGCUGGUUGAUUCCCCGGGUUUUCCAGCGCCUUACUUCCAGCGGUAGGAUCUGUUUUUGCGGAGGCGCAAUGGGGGAAGCGGAGAAGUUUCACUAUAUCUACAGUUGUGACUUGGAUAUCAACGUGCAGCUUAAGAUAGGAAGUUUGGAAGGCAAAAGAGAACAAAAGAGUUACAAAGCUGUCCUAGAAGACCCCAUGCUGAAGUUUUCAGGACUGUACCAAGAGACAUGCUCUGACCUUUAUGUUACUUGUCAAGUUUUUGCAGAAGGGAAGCCUUUGGCCUUGCCAGUGAGAACAUCUUACAAGGCAUUUAGUACAAGAUGGAACUGGAAUGAGUGGCUAAAACUGCCUGUGAAAUACCCCGACCUGCCCAGGAAUGCCCAAGUGGCCCUGACUAUAUGGGAUGUGUAUGGACCAGGAAAGGCAGUGCCUGUCGGUGGGACAACAGUGUCACUCUUUGGAAAAUAUGGCAUGUUUCGCCAAGGGAUGCAUGAUUUGAAAGUCUGGCCUAAUGUAGAAGCAGAUGGAUCAGAACCCACGAAAACUCCUGGCAGAACAAGUAGUACUGUCUCGGAAGAUCAGAUGAGCCGCCUUGCCAAGCUCACCAAAGCUCACCGACAAGGCCACAUGGUGAAAGUGGACUGGCUGGACAGAUUGACAUUUAGAGAAAUUGAAAUGAUAAAUGAGAGUGAAAAACGAAGUUCAAAUUUCAUGUACUUGAUGGUUGAGUUUCGAUGUGUCAAGUGUGAUGAUAAGGAAUAUGGUAUUGUUUAUUAUGAAAAGGAUGGUGAUGAAUCGUCUCCAAUUUUAACAAGCUUUGAGAUAGUGAAAGUUCCUGACCCUCAGAUGUCUAUGGAGAACUUGGUUGAGAGCAAACAUCACAAGCUUGCCCGGAGUUUAAGAAGUGGACCUUCUGACCAUGAUCUCAAGCCUAAUGCUGCCACAAGAGAUCAGCUAAAUAUCAUUGUGAGUUACCCACCAACCAAGCAGCUUACAUAUGAAGAACAAGAUCUCGUUUGGAAGUUUAGAUACUACCUUACUAACCAAGAAAAAGCUUUGACAAAGUUCUUGAAAUGUGUCAAUUGGGAUCUACCUCAGGAGGCCAAACAGGCAUUGGAACUUCUGGGGAAGUGGAAGCCAAUGGAUGUGGAGGAUUCCUUGGAGCUGUUGUCUUCCCAUUACACCAAUCCAACAGUGCGCUGCUACGCCGUGGCCCGGCUGAGGCAGGCGGAUGACGAGGACUUGUUGAUGUACCUAUUACAGCUGGUCCAAGCUCUCAAAUAUGAAAAUUUUGAUGAUAUAAAGAAUGGAUUAGAACCUACCAAGAAGGAUAGUCAGGGCUCAGUGUCAGAGAGCGGGUCAAAUGCUGGAAUAAACUCUGCAGAAAUAGAUAGCUCCCAGAUUAUAAGCAGUCCUCUGCCUCCAGUGUCUUCCCCUCCUCCUGCGUCUAAAACGAAGGAGGGUUCAGACGGUGAAACUUUGGAGCAAGAUCUCUGCACCUUCUUGAUAUCAAGAGCCUGCAAAAACUCAACACUGGCUAAUUAUUUAUACUGGUAUGUGAUAGUGGAAUGUGAAGAUCAAGAUACUCAGCAGAGAGAUCCAAAGACCCAUGAGAUGUACUUGAAUGUAAUGAGACGAUUCAGCCAAGCUUUGCUGAAGGGUGAUAAGUCGGUCAGAGUGAUGCGCUCGUUGCUGGCGGCACAGCAGACGUUUGUGGACCGGCUGGUGCAUCUGAUGAAGGCAGUGCAGCGUGAGAGCGGAAAUCGCAAGAAGAAGAAUGAGAGACUACAGGCAUUGCUUGGAGACAGCGAAAAGAUGAACUUGUCAGACAUGGAAGUUAUCCCGUUGCCGUUAGAACCCCAGGUGAAAAUUAGAGGAAUAAUCCCAGAAACAGCCACCCUGUUCAAGAGCGCCCUUAUGCCCGCGCAGUUAUUCUUUAAGACAGAAGAUGGAGGGAAAUACCCAGUUAUAUUUAAGCAUGGGGACGACUUACGCCAAGAUCAACUUAUUCUUCAAAUCAUUUCACUCAUGGACAAGCUUCUACGGAAAGAAAAUCUGGAUUUGAAGUUAACACCCUAUAAAGUUUUAGCCACAAGUACAAAACAUGGCUUCAUGCAGUUUAUCCAGUCAGUUCCUGUUGCUGAAGUUCUUGAUACAGAAGGAAGCAUUCAGAACUUUUUUAGAAAAUAUGCACCAAGUGACAAUGGGCCCUAUGGGAUCAGUGCUGAGGUUAUGGACACUUACGUUAAAAGCUGUGCUGGAUAUUGUGUGAUUACGUACAUCCUUGGAGUUGGAGACAGGCACUUGGAUAACCUCUUGCUGACAAAGACAGGCAAACUCUUCCACAUAGACUUCGGAUAUAUCUUGGGUCGGGAUCCGAAGCCUCUCCCCCCGCCAAUGAAGCUGAACAAAGAAAUGGUGGAAGGAAUGGGAGGCACACAGAGCGAGCAGUACCAGGAGUUCCGCAAACAGUGUUACACGGCUUUUCUCCACCUUCGCAGGUAUUCGAAUCUGAUUUUGAACUUGUUUUCCUUGAUGGUGGAUGCAAACAUUCCAGAUAUUGCUCUUGAACCAGAUAAAACUGUGAAAAAGGUUCAGGAUAAGUUCCGCCUGGACCUGUCGGAUGAGGAGGCGGUGCACUACAUGCAGAGCCUGAUCGACGAGAGCGUCCACGCCGUCUUCGCCGCGGUGGUGGAGCAGAUUCACAAGUUCGCGCAGUACUGGAGAAAAUGAAACUGGGUUUUGACCCAUCAAGAUGCCUGGCUGUGGAGAAAACUACCUUGGAAGCAACCUGUGUCUAAUGCAGAUUUCAGAAUAAUAAGCAAGAAAGAACAUUUAAUCUCCGAGACACCAUAUAUCCUAAGUGUCACGUGGUGUCUGAAUUCCUUGGACGCCGUUGCUUACAUAUGAUUUUGAAGGGGUUUGUUUUGAAAUUCUGUAUAUAUUUAUUUUCAAAUGUAUACAUUGUUAAGAUAUUUGUUUUCUCUAUAAUAAAUACUGGUUUGGUUUUGGGGGUUUUUUUUUUGGUUUUAUUUUUUUUGAAAACUAUAGUACACCAUUCUCCUAGGUUGUAAAUACAUAAAGCAGGGUAUGAAAAUAUAGCCAUAUCUGGAUAACUGGCCAAAAGGUAGCAUAGUGGCACCUUUUAGUAUUGAGCCUGAUAUUUUUGCAUAUAUGUGUAAGAAUAAAUUGUCUUCCUACAACAGGAUUUUUUAUGUAACCUUCGUUUUUAAACGCCCUUUGAAAUAGCUCCUCUAGACCUGUUAAUGUAAUGUAUCCUCUCUGAUUUAACCAAAUGAUUUUUUUGUCUUUUGAGACUAGGACUCCCCUCGAUCCAUCUAGCUUUCCCGCCUCGCACAACUGGGACAAAGAAAUGCACACGAACGAAAAGAGCAACACAGGAGUAAUCUUUGCAGAUUAAUAUGCUGCCUAAUCGCGUGGCUCUGCUUUGGAAGGAAGAGAAUAUCUCAUUCUCUUGGUGCUGAGUAAAUACGAAAUAUCAAAUGACAGAAAAGAUUAAGAAGGUUAACUUAAAGCACUCUUUCACGGAAUACCAUUACUUACAAUGUUUACUCGUCACCAAAUUCUCAUCUGUGAGUUUGCCUCUUCAGAGGGGGGUUACCAGCUGGAAGGGAAGCAUACAGUUAGGAGACAUCCUAAAAGCAUAUGGUGUGUGAUUUCUAGAAAACACCUGAAGAUUAGAAGAAUUGUAAAGAUGAACAGACCUUUGCAAAUCUUCAUAAGAGAGUUUAUGCCCAAACUAAUUGCAAACUCUGUCCUCUGUCUCACUUUUUCCUUGCUUCACAUAUUUACACCAUUUUUUGUUGUCGUCCAAAAGCUUUUAAAUCUAUUUUCACUGCUUUAGUCCUGUUUCUGUUGGUACCUCCAAAAAGUCUUGAAGCAACCCUAUUGAAAGUGACUUCUCUAACCUGAAUUCUUGAAAUUCUUAGUUACAGCUUUUGCAUGGGCAUUUAGUAAAAUGGGUCAUUUUUGUCAAACUUACAUCUAUAGAGGUUGGCAAACUUUUUCUGUACAGGAUCAAAAUGGUAAAUAUUUUCAGCUUUGAAAGGCAUUGAUCUUGGUCACAACAGUUCAGCUCUUCUGUUACGGUAAAAAAGCAGCCACAGAGACAUGUGAACAGAUGGAAAGGCUGGACUUGACCUGAUAGUCAUAACUUGCUGACCCCUGUUGGUAUUAUUCUAAGGCAAAACUAUGUUAUCUUACUCAUCAUUAUAAACUCCAGACAACACUUUGUACGAAUAGUAACGUGUUUAUAGUAGAGCUUUAUAAAUAAUUUUUAAAGUACAACCUACAAGGCAAACACACUGGCAAACACAACCAGUAAAAGGGGUCGAUCGUGAGUAAUCCUGCAUUCAGUAAGCUUGAUAAGAAUUCUAGGGGAGGUACAACUUUCGAACAGGGAAGACAGGUAGUGACAGAGGAUAGGCACCAGCCUUGCUGAGAGUGUUGGAUGUGGGUGGUGCACCCACAUCAGAAAGAAAAGUGAUUCAUCUCUUAAUUUUUGUUGCUCAGAGCAACCUCUCUGCUCCUACUGUUUCCCCAAAAUGACACUGUUGCAUUGUUCAAAACUGUAUUUUUACAGUAUAGUCAGCAUGUUUCUUUAUCGUCAUCACCAUCCAAAUUAUUUUGGCAUUCUGUAGUGCUUGAAGCACAAAGUUGGCUUUGAGUUUGAGAAGUGUAUUUGUGAGGGCAUUGUGCUUUAAUUAAAAAGUGAGUUCCACGGUCAUGGAUAGUGAGUGUUCACAGUGAGAUGUCAACGGGGGCAGAGAAAACGUGGGUGGCAGCCACUGACUGAGAACAGGGCUACUGGAGACGAAGUCAAGUAGCUCACAUUCCUAAAUAAAAGGUCGGCGGACCCUGACUUUCGCUAGUCUCCAUACACUGGGGUUCGCUGUUCCCCAGCCAUUUGUAUUAGAGUCUUCAGCUGUGUAUGUUGCAACAAUAACGGCGAACAUUACUUAUAAGGGCUCACUGUUACAUGUCAGCACUCGGCUAAUUGCCUCGUGUGCCUUAUCUCACUAUUCUGUGUAACAGUCCUGGGAGGUAGAAAUGUCUCCCCAUUUUCUCGAACUUUAAUAAUGUAGUUGAAUCAUCCGCCCUAAGUUAGUUAGGCUGCAAGGGAGAGCAGAGUUGGGGUUUGAAGUUGACUACUCAGAUUUCUGUGGUCACCGUCUUGACCGUCAGAUUCUCCUGGCCUUCAUUUGUCACUGAGCCGGGGUGACAGUACCUACUCCCGCGUGGGCAUGUGUGUGUAUGUGCUCCGUUAGGCAGGCAUCCUCCAAAACCGAAGCCUGUUCCUUUUUCUUUUCUUUCUUUCCUUUUUUUUUGGUCAUGGACAAGAUUAUCAAAGAUGUAGGCAGUAGUCCAUAAAGUAAAUUAAAUUUCUUAAGCUGAAUUGUGUCAUUAUACCACAUACUCCUACUUGCAGUGAGAUGGGAAACGAUUCUGUAAAAAACAUUCAGGCAGAAUAAAUCUUAAAAAUGUAACUGUUACCCAUAACCUGCAAUCAUGAUGCCCUUUACAUCCUUGCACACAGAUCUGCCAUUUUAAUUUAUAAAACAUAAACCAGAUUAAGACUUAAUUUUUUUUAAGGUUUUAUUUAUGUUUAGAGGGGAAGGGAGGGAGAAAGAGAGGAAGAGAAACAUCAGUGUGAGGUUGCCUCUCAUGUGGCCCCUACUGGGGAGCUGGCCUGCAACCCAGGCAUGUGCUCUGACUGGGAAUCAAACUGGCAAUCCUUUGGUUUGCAGGCCAUGGUCAAUCCACUGAGCUACACCAGCCAGGGCAAGACUCAGUAUUUUUUAAUAGAUAAAUCUCAAAAAUGACAUGAACUUUCCAUAAUUAAAUAGGAAAAAUACAUUGGUUUUCUAAAAUGAAUAAUUUGAUAUAUUAACACUUGACCAUAAAGAAUGCAUACCCCCCAGAUAGGAUCCUAGAACUAAAAAGAGAGAUUAGCUAAAAACUAAAGAAACCUAAAUAAAGUAUAGAGUUUAUAUAAAAGUACAAGGCAGUUACUUUAUAGAAAAUGCCAUAGUUUGGGUUUGGCGAAAUUUCCUCCAGGAUUACUCAUUUUUGCUAAGAAUACUUAGAAGUAAUGCUGUGUUCUCAAGGCGUCUUAUUAGAGAGCACAUGCUGUCAGUUUAUUUCUGGUGGUGGCACCUUUUAUUACUUGGUUCAGAUCAUUUUCCCCAACUGUUUCCAGCCUGAGGUUGGUUCAUUUGUAUUUGGGCUUGUAAAUUAAUGAGUUCAUGUUUUAUGAAGAAAUGUUUUGAAACUAUAUAAAUGUCCUGUUCUUUUUUUCUUAACCACACCCUUACUCACCAGUUUUAGCAUUGAUGGAUGAUUCUUGCUAGAAUCAAGUAUUACUUUGGUGAAAGCCAAAUGGCAAUUUAAAAAAUUACCGUUUUCUUUCUACACUCGUUAGUGUUUUGAUAUAAGGCAGAGCUCUCCUUUCACCGUUAUUUAUUCAUUUUUAUUGAUGCUGUGGAUAAUGUUACAAAUGCAUUCCUGUUGUCACCUCCUGUGACGGUAAAAUUGCCCAGAAGUGGCGUGCGUUCGGUCUGCAGCUGUCUCCUGACAUGCCCCCAGUGCUCUCGGCCCCUCCUUCUUUUUUUGCACAAGAUGAUCUGGGCUCCAGUGGCAACUUCUCCCUGGCCCUGGGGUCCGCCUUCUCUGAGGAAUCCUGGUUGUUUUCUUUUUUUCCCUGGUUCAAUUUUACAAGAUAACUCCUCAAAUAAAGUGUCUGGUUUUUCUGAAAAAUAGAAGUUAAUACAGCAUCCUGACGUUGCAAUUCUAAACAUGGGGUUGGGGGAUAUGGGUAUAAAUCAGCUCAGAAUAGGUAUAGUAACCCAUAUGUGAGUGAACAUAGAAUUCAACUAGAAUUUAGCUGUUUCUUAAAUUCCCAGUUUUAGAUCAUCACCACCACCAUCUGCCCUAAGAUCAUCAGGACUAAUCUUACCGAGCCCUGUAUCUCAUUUUCUGUGAGUCACCACAAAACCCAGACCUCUGAGUCAUCCCCUUCCUUCCCAUGGAGCUCUGCAUGGCCCCGUCUCCCAAACCUUGUAAUCCUGGCGCCAUCCUCAACAGAAUCUGUGAGUGUCAGAAGUUCACCUUCUGUGCUGCAAAACUAGAUCCCACACACAUUUGUUCACCUGUUUUCUUUUUAAAA